AUGGAAACCCACAUAAAGGAACAACAUUGCCAGAUAUUUGCACAUCCAAAGUACCUUAAGGAUAUAUUUCCUCUCAUUUCUAAAGUCAUGAUGCUACCAGAGAGAGCCAGGCAUUGUCUGCCCAACUUGGGAAGGACAGGAUGCUUAAUAACCAGGUGUUCAUCCCAAGCCUUAGGAUCUUCCUCAAUCUCCUGUAAAUGCUGUUUGCUUUGUACACAAGGAAGUCACAGAAUAGCAAUUGGUAGGCCUAAGAACCACACCAACAAGAAGGCACUGAAAAGAUUUAACAUAAGAAACAUAAAAGAUUCUAGAAGUACCUAUGUGCCUGUUUACCAGGCCCUGGCCCUGAUGUUAUCCUUCCUUCUCAGAGGCAGCAAGUUAAUAGGAUCAUGGCUUACUCAUCACUAA